CGAGCCCAGAGAAGAAGGUAAUGUUGGAACAACAACAACACACCAGCACAAACACACAAGCAGCAGAUCAUGUGUUGUGCACAAGAAAGCGAGGCGAAGGAGGAAUCGGCGCCCUCCGACAAGCGCCAAGAUGCUGUUGCCGACACUCUUCAGGAAGCCAUCACCCCACUCCGAGCACAACAGCAGCUGCCGAUGCAUCUGAAAGCACUGACACCAAGUUGCAGGCAUGCCGUGCGCCUCGUGCGUGUCCAACAUCGAGGGCGUAUGCCCGGCGCGCACGGCAUUGUGUCGUGUGGGCCUGCUGGCUGGCACCGCGACAGUGGAAUACGACUCCGCGCCGGUGAAGCCCUGCAGCCAUCAUCGCCAGCAUCGGCAAGGUCGGCGGAUACAAAGGCCCGCCAGGAAACGCACACAUUCAGCACAAGGCAUGACGCGACGCUGAGGACCCUGCCCGGUGUUCAAACGGUCCAAAUUGAUGGCGCGUUGGGCCGUAUGGAAGUCAAGCACGAGAUCGAUGCAACAGGACCCACGCAGCAUAAUCAUCGCAUGCUGAAGGAUGCCGGGUACGCGAGGGAGCUGGAGCACGAAUCGCCACCUACAAGAGCGAGAUCCGCUUCUGCCCCAUCACCUUCAUCGUGUGCAUCACCGUGUUUCUUCGUCGCGUCCACCAUCGUGGCCGCGUGUGGCCGGACUCCUGGGGAUGCGCGCAUGAUCGAUGACAUGUCGCAACACAACCUCAUUCUCACGCUGCUGGGUCUGAUCUCCUUCAUUUCCCGGUCGGCCGUUUCUCGUCUCCGCGCCGCCUCCCACAAGGACUCUGACUGGUGGUGGUGGUGGCGACCUCUUCUUUGGAGACCGGCAUUCUCCCUCUUCACCUUUGUGUCGCUCGGGCAGUACAUCGAACACCUCGCCAAAGGCAGCACCUCCAGCCUGCCGAAGGAAGAUAUAGUCAAAGGCAACCGCGUGGAGGAGCGAAUUGACACCGAGCUCGUGCAGCGCGGCGAAAAAACUAAAGAUGGUGGCCGGUGACAAAGUGCCUGUGAAUUGGAUGGACGCACGCGUGCCAGAGACUGCAGGUGAAACGGACGAGGCCAUGAUCACGGGGGGGAAUCGAAUCCUG